CGCUCCCCCGUGUCCGUGCCCGCCGACAACGCCCGGACCCCGGCGCGCUGAAUGCAGACUAAUAGGGAUGCCAAAGGAAAAAUAUGACCCUCCAGAUCCUCGCAGAAUUUACACCAUCAUGUCAGCGGAGGAGGUAGCCAAUGGGAAGAAGUCUCACUGGGCAGAGUUAGAGAUCUCGGGUAGAGUGCGGAGCUUAAGUACGUCACUUUGGUCCCUGACACAUUUGACUGCCCUGCACUUGAAUGAUAAUUACCUUAGUCGCAUUCCACCUGAUAUUGCCAAGCUCCAUAAUCUGGUUUACCUGGACCUGUCAUCCAAUAAACUCAGAAGUUUACCAGCAGAACUAGGAAAUAUGGUGUCUCUCAGGGAAUUGCUUUUAAAUAACAAUCUGUUACGGGUUUUGCCUUAUGAGCUUGGACGGCUCUUCCAGCUGCAAACUCUAGGGUUGAAAGGCAAUCCUUUAUCACAGGAUAUUCUCAGCUUAUACCAGGACCCAGAUGGAACACGAAAGCUACUGAACUUCAUGCUCGACAAUCUAGCAGUUCACCCAGAGCAGCUUCCUCCGAGGCCGUGGAUUACAUUAAAAGAACGAGACCAAAUUCUGCCCUCAGCAUCAUUCACGGUUAUGUGUUACAAUGUGUUGUGCGAUAAAUACGCCACCCGGCAGCUAUACGGCUACUGCCCAUCCUGGGCACUAAACUGGGAGUACAGGAAAAAGGGAAUCAUGGAAGAAAUUGUUAACUGUGAUGCAGACAUCAUCAGUCUUCAGGAAGUAGAAACAGAGCAAUACUUCACACUCUUUCUGCCAGCAUUAAAGGAGCGUGGAUAUGAUGGAUUUUUUUCUCCAAAGUCACGUGCCAAAAUCAUGUCUGAGCAGGAGAGGAAGCAUGUAGACGGUUGUGCAAUAUUCUUCAAAAUAGAAAAAUUUACGUUGGUGCAGAAGCACACAGUUGAAUUUAACCAAGUGGCAAUGGCCAACUCAGAUGGAUCAGAAGCUAUGCUCAACAGAGUGAUGACAAAGGAUAACAUUGGGGUGGCGGUGGUGUUAGAGGUCCACAAAGAACUGUUUGGAGCAGGUUUGAAACCCAUUCAGGCUGCAGACAAACAGCUACUUAUUGUGGCAAAUGCCCACAUGCACUGGGACCCGGAAUAUUCUGAUGUGAAACUCAUCCAGACUAUGAUGUUUGUCUCCGAAGUGAAAAACAUCUUGGAGAAAGCCUCUAGCAGGCCCGGUAGCCCAACCACAGAUCUUAACUCCAUCCCGCUGGUGCUAUGUGCAGAUCUUAACUCAUUGCCAGAUUCAGGUGUCGUGGAAUACUUGAGCAACGGGGGAGUGGCUGACAACCAUAAGGACUUCAAGGAACUACGGUACAACGAGUGUCUUAUGAACUUCAGCUGCAAUGGAAAGAACGGAACCUCGGAAGGAAGAAUCACGCACGGCUUCCAACUUAAGAGCGCCUAUGAAAAUAACUUGAUGCCUUACACCAAUUACACCUUUGAUUUCAAAGGCGUGAUUGACUACAUUUUCUAUUCUAAGACUCAUAUGAACGUGCUUGGCGUCCUGGGGCCUUUGGAUCCUCAGUGGCUGGUUGAGAACAACAUCACUGGAUGCCCCCACCCGCAUAUCCCUUCAGACCACUUCUCACUGUUAACACAACUUGAACUUCACCCUCCGCCCUUGCCUCUGGUCAACGGGGUCCACCUACCCACUAGGAGGUAGUGGCAUCCGACCCCUCGGCGGCGGGGGCGAGGGUGGGGGGCGGGGGGUUGGGGAUCCGUUGCUAUGGACCUGUACAGUUGUAAAUCAAAGUAUGUAGGAGUGAAGUAUGGCCAUCCCUACGCUGCUUCUCCAGGCUCCUUUCAUUAUGUGUUUGCCGUGAGAUUGGUUUGCACAUCUGGGCGUGUAUCGGUGUCGUUUGGCGCUAGGGCCGGGGCCGAAGGGUGACUCCCAUUCUGAGGUUUGCGUUGAGCCGGAGCUGGCCUUCUCAGAACCUCAGGAGGCCGCGGGCCUCACGGGUGAAUCGGUAGGCCAUCCGGCGGUCCCGAUUUGUUCCUACGAAAACGAACGCGCUCUCAGAAUUAUAGCAGACGAGCCAUCUGUGCUUUCUUAUUUCUUUUUUUAAAGGAAAUGUUUUAAAAACACACACACACACACACACACACCCCAUGCGCGCACAUGCUGAGCGAAAGGAUGGAGGCGUAGGGAACCCCUUCUGGAAUGUCCGUCUUUUCUCUACUCCAAAUUGGUUUUUGCCCCCCUCGGCCCCCAGGUAUCAUUUUGCACAUGAGCAAAGCACUUCCCCAUCAGGCGGAUUUUAAGUACCCGGGAGCAGGACCUCCCCACCGCGAGUUAAAUCUGGAAACCAAAGACGGUAGCGCGAGAGCCCUCCGCCCCCAACAGCCACCCGCUCGGCCAGCCACUCUGGCAUUUGCCUGCUUGGAAAUCCCCUUAACAUCCGCUCCCCCUUCCUUUUGAAGGGCGACUCCGGAUCGUGAAUCAACAGCACCGCUUAGCGGAACCCGCUCCCUACUCUGUGGGGGAGACCUAACCACUCAACCUCGGGUGUAGCUGCCCGGGUGUGGCAGUGGGGUCAAAAAUCAGCCAACGCAAAUGGCUGCGCUUCUCCCCUGGCCCCAUCACCGUCUCCUGAGGAACUUUCCUCAAGGCGUCGCUGCCUGGUGGUUAGGUAUCUCCGGUCAGAAAAGGGGGGAAAAGCAAGAACCAUAAUAGAAAAGGGAGAGGACACCCCCGACACACACACACACACACACACACUCUCUCUCUCUCUCCCCUCCAACCCACCCAUCGGCCGGGACCGGGGAGAGGAAGCUGUGGAAAUCGUCUAGCGCGCUUGGCUAAAAAAAAAAAACAAAACUGCUUUGGUAUCUUUUGCGGGGAAGAGAUUGGACGGGGUUGGAGCAGAAGUUGUUUAACAGCAGCCCUUGGGUUAUUCAGUUCCUCGCCCUAGCUGCCAAAUAGCCAUCUUAUGCUUUUAACGAGCUUUGUUUCUGUCGUCUGUCAGGGUUGAAUUAAGAAGCCGCUGCUUCGUUCCCAACUGCUGCCGCUCUUUAGACGGGGCGGAGCCCUUGGUGGGCCGCUUCACCGGGCCGGUUGAAAACACCGGGCCGGGAGGCAGCCGUCGAAGUAAUGCCAUUUAAUGAUAGAAGUCAGUCGGCUGCUUGAUGUUUAAUUACGGCCCAGCAAUAGGAAAAGGUCGUGUCUGUGUUUUUAAGUUUUUCUUUAUUCUGCUUUUUUUUUUUUGCUGCUCUACAAUUUUCCUAAAGUUUCUAUUUCCAACUUUUCAUGCACUUUACUGUUUCUAGUCUCGAAAUGUGAUAUUUUUACUAGGCAAGGUUUUUUUUUCCAUUAUGUGGAUGAAAUUUAAAAAAGAAUAAUAGCUUAUAUUUGUGACUAAAGUAAGUUUAAAUUAUUUCAUUAGUUUUAAAUCCCAAGGCCCGAGCGGCCUCUUCUACGAAACUCGACAUCACGGGCUGCUUCCGCCGGCCUUCGAUGAUGCCUUUUCCUCUGUCGUUUUUAUACUGAUUUCACCUAGAGGAAAUCAGUCGGGCUGGCUAAGAGAACAUUCCCUGGGUGGCUUUCUGGGGGAUGUGGGUGGGUGGCGUCGAAGGGUCGGAAGGGUUACCGGUGUGAUCCUUGGCGGACGGACUUGAGGAAGUUCGGACUCCCUUUCAAAAAGUGCCUGGGACUCCUGGGAUCGAUUGGACGCCAAUGUAGCUGAAUGAAGUUUGAUGUAAAUAAAAUAGCGUGGGAAACAUGACAGCACCAAAAAAAAAAUCCUAAGAGAACAGAUUUUUUCCUCCUGGUGGAGGCAGAUCCCUUUUUAUAUACCUCAAGCAUCCAACAGCUCGCCGCCCAAGUAUAUUGAGAUUAACUUCACUAUAGUACUGGAAAGUAGAAUAGCAUGAAAAACUUAAUUUUGUGGACAUUACCCUUUUUUUGUAAUCAGCUACUGUAUCGUUUUUUUUUUUCUUUUGAUAAAAAGAAAACACCGUUUUGUUUUGGGUGGGUUUUCUGCUCUGGAGGUAUAUGCACUAACAGAACAUUUUCCUCCUUUCAUAUACGCAUGUUUAACUAGCAAUGUGAGCAAUAUUUCCUACCAUACUUCACUCCCAAUAUUUUUUGAGAUGUUUGUAUAAAAUGGAAUUUAAAGUUCACCUAUGAUUGUAUAUGAACCACAGAGGAGCCCAUUUAUUAAUAAAAACUUUUUUAAUAGCUAAUUGUUGUGGGGGGAAAUAAUAAAACAAUUGGGAAACAUUGUAAACAGCUUAAGUUUUAUUUUGUGUAUAAAGGAGACACUGUUGCAAGGAGGUGUGUAAUUGGGUUUUUCUCUGCUGCCAAAUGCACUCUUCAAACCAUCCAUUAUUCCUGUGUGAUGAUAUAUAUAUAUACACAUAUAUAUAUAUAUUUUUUUUUAUGUGGUUUCGGUAGAUGUCGGUAGCAACUCAUGUUGAAGUGGGUCGUUGUGAUGUAUUUUGGAUGGCACACAGUCACUUGGGGCACAGAAACCCAAACUUCAUGUGCCCGGUCUCCCUUCAGUCUAAAACCCCACUCCUCCCUCUCUCCCUCUGUUCCUCUUGUAAAAGGAGUAGUAUCUGCUUUGAGCUGCCAAUUCAGGUGAUCAGAAAUGCUGCUCUCUCAGUCGUGUCCAGUUAACAGGCAGGCCGUUGGACGUUGGCACAGAGGAGCCGGAAGAGGAGAGAGGUGUCUGUUCUGUGGGAGCUCGGGAUAUGCUCAUCGGUGCACCUGGGGCCGGGCCUCUUGAGAGGUAAAAGAAAAUCCGUGCAUUAAAAUUGGGGCCUAGCGAUGCAGCUGGAAUUUUAUAUGUUGAAGUCUUCAAGUGAGACUUUAGAAUCUCUCUCCCUCUCAAGUGCUCUUUGGAGGCAUAUUGAUCGGAGAGGGAAAACCUGCUCUGUGCCAGGGAAACAGCCACCCGAGCUGUUUGGUAUCAAUGUCCGCCUCUUAUCUUGACACCCUGUGAUGGGGGACACUGCAGCAUCCUCAGGACUGACAACUGGAAACCGUUCAAAUCCACAUACUGCUCCUUGCUCGUUGACUUUGUGUUCAAAUACUGUGCCUGGUGUCAACUUUUAAGCAACAGCACUGCCUAAAAGCAAGCAGAGAAAUGAAUCCCAUCACCAUUAUACAGGCAACUUUUUAGAAUUCGAUAUAGUAACCUGUUGAAGAUUUAUGCGGUUUUAUGUAAGAAAAAAACAAAGUUUUGUACAAUGUAGCUGACUAUUUUUGUUUCAUUACUUUGAUGUCAGGAGUAUGAACAUUUGAUUACCACACGUCAAAGUCAGGUAUGGCACAAUGGGUUCUGAGACCAGCUUGCUUUCCCCGUUUGCCUUGUUCCAAGCUUUCUCCUUUUUAAAUUCCUUUCCUGGCGUUCACAAGCAAAGGAUUUCAUUUCACCAGUAAGUGUCCUGUGGAAGUGGGUUUUUGAAACCACUCUGCUUUUUGGUGUUUUUAAUUUCCCGAAAUAGAAAGCCCCCUUUCCCGCUGGCUCCUACUUCUCAGGAUCGUAAAUUUGUCUGUUGUCACAAAAAGACAGCCAGGCCAAUGAACGCGAUUGAAGGAUCACUUAUGUGAGGUGGAAAACGAUGGAAGCUGACCAAUAGAUUGUGUGCAACUUGAAAAUUGUUUUUACCAAUUGUAUAGUACAUCGCUAAAUGGGUGAGAAUUUUUCUAUUGGCAUUUAGAGGAAUCGAAAUAUUGCUAAAAUCCCUCGUGUGUCUCGUAUUUCCAGAGGGGGUUGUUCAGGCGCUCGGGAAGGGGUGAGGGGAGUAAGCCACGGUGUUGCCACGUUCCAGAAACAUCCGUCUCGUCAUUCCGGCCUCUUUUUCCCAGCUCUCCAACUCUUCCAUGGGACUUGGGUCACAAGGCUUUCCCGGCUGUUUGUUUCCCAAGUGGAAGAUUUUCUUGGUCUUUGGGCAUUCCCGUAAGUCAGUAAGGGAUUUACACAAAGCCAGUCUGUGAAAAUGUUUCAAAAUGGCACAAACACACCCUCAUACUCUCACUUAAACUUUUUCUUGAGGUGGGAUUUUGCACACUUGCCUCUCCGGGAGCAUUCUUUUGUGUUGAUACUUUUGGUGGGGGUUGUCUAAGUCAAAGCCUUCGAAUCUCGGGCUCCGGGAAGAGAACUGGGUGUUCUCCAGUGUCUGCCCACCUCCUAAGGGUGGCAUCUCCUAGAGUCUUUAUUGACCAGUGAAGUGAAAUAAGAAGGAUUCUGGUUCAAGUAGAGCUACUUAGGGAGAGGGAGGUGUUUUCAUUUAGAAAACUUCAAGCACCAAACUUGCAAAUUACAAAUCGGCAAAUGAAUAAAGAAUUUCUUCCGCACUAUCGAAUGAUUUGCAAAAUUUCCCUUAUUUAAAAAAAAGUUCUUUUUGAAUCUUGGGACUAAAUAAGACUCUAAAAACAACCCCUCAGUAGUUUUUUUUCCUUGCUUAUUUUCGUGACCCCAAAGUAUUUAGAGAGGUUCUUCUAGGUCUUGGCUGUUUUUGUUGCUUUCCCUUCAGGGGUGGAUUUUUCAGUUGAAUUCUGGAGCCUUCAGAAUGAAACAAGUGGAUUCAAAUUGCUGGUAGCCGCAAGCUAGGGUUCAUUGGAACCAAAACUAAAAUGUGUUAUAAAAAAGCAGUUGGGAUCGUUUUGCUUGGGCCAACGCUUUUUCUUAACAAUGUUGUCAGGAAAGAAGUAAAGUGAGAUCAAUUAGUCCAGUGGUAUUUGUUGAGCGCUUACUAUAGGCAGAACACUGUACUAAGCAUUUGAGUACAUCUUUUUUCCAAAUGAGUUAGCGAAGAUGUCUAGGCCUGACACACACUCAUCACCGCCCAUGCUGUGAGAAGUGAGAAGCAGAGAAAGUCAGGAAUAAAUCUUGAUCUGAGGUACGAGCAGUUGAAGGAAUUCCACAUUUUGCUGAAGGAUCUGGUCGAAAUCCUUCUGUUGGCUCUCGUUGUGAGGUGAUGCGAGUCUUUUUCCCCCUUUUUCUUUUUUAUUUUUAAUGGUGUGUUCCGCGUUCCUCAGACUCCCAAUAGGAGGCAGAGUGACUGUUGUCUCUAGGUCCUUGAUUUAAUCGUUUUCAAAAUAUAGAAAAAUCCCCAUUUCGGCAUUUGUGUCUUGUCUCUAUGCAGUAGAUUCAUGGCAACCUCUCGAGGUGUAGCAUUAUCGCUUUACUAUUUGGGCUUUACUUUGAUUUUUCCUUUAUUAAUUGCUGUUGGCCCCAGACCACUGAAUAGAGGCAGUAACACCAGUGUUGGUGACGCAGACGUGUAGGGGGAGGUGAGCGGAGCGGUUCCCGUGAGGAUGUGGCCAUUAGCCGGGCCUGCCGGUCUCCCGUUCUAGCUUCCGGUGUGAUCCGUUACAACCACCCAGCUCCAGGCGGAUGCCAGUGAUUUCUCUCACAAGCACGCCAUUUUGAUCCCAGUUACACAUCCAUUCUGUUGCCUGGAAUGGAACGAGUUAUUUUAUUUGGAUGCUCUGUGUUGGCUCUGCAGUGUUGUAAGUAUGUUUAGCUAACAGUUGGAAAGCAAAGCACACAACACCUAAAUUUAGAACUGAGCUAGCUUUUUUUUUUUAAUGAUGCUUCCAAAAUAUGUGCAAGUGUGCGUCCCCAAAGCAACUCUCUAAAUGUAUGAUUUAGAAAGCUUGUUUAGUUUUAAAAGAAAAAAAACCUCAAAAUUUAGCUGUCUUGUGGGGAAAAAAAAACCCCUUCUGUAGUAAUCAUUUGAAAUGCUCUUUUUUCUUCCUUGAAAAAGAAAUUCUGAGUAAUGAAGUGCCAUGCGAUUACCACUUGCCGUGUUCAUUCUGAGCAACUCACCAGUCUUUCCUGCUCAACGUCACCCCCGAGAGACAGUGUUUCCAUUCUUUCCAACAGUCUUUCUCUCCGUGCGUCUCUGUCUAUCUCUGUCUCUUUCUCUUUCUCCCUCUCGCUCUCUCUCUGACAAAUUCACCAGCCGUUUUAGUUUUCUAUUUAUUAAAAAUAACUGGUCGCCAAAGUCUGGAAACUCCUGACCACACCACUCAUCUGAAAUAUUUUGCGCAGUAUACACUGUACAACAUGUGUGUGUCAGAGGGCACGCUUGGGUCUCGGCAUUUUAAAAAAUGUGAACAAUGACUAAAGAUAGCCCUGCCUUUGCAGUCUUGUGGCAGCGCAGAAAGGAGGUGCUGAAAAACUUUAUGAUGUCAGAGGACUAGAUCCUGUUUUCUACUUUGGAGGUUGGGUACUGCUCACACAUGAUGUAUAGGGCUAAAUAUCUGCUUGUUUCCUUGCACCCUUGUACUUCCCCUCUCCCACCUCCCUCCCCUUGUAGGCAAUAAAUGGCCAUUUUGCAACUGCA